GACCUAUAAUGAGACUAUCAAUUACUAAAUUUAUGCUACUCUUAACCUUUGCUAUUUGCUUAAUUUCUUCAAAGGUAUCUGCUAAUCGAAAAGGAGAAAAGGAUUGUGAUGAUGAUAAUGAAGAUGAUGACAAUACUGGCAAACACGGGCAUCAUAAAACUACCAGUGCUAUGAAUGAAACCUCUGUAAUUAUAUCUACUACAGUAUGGUCGAUGCCUACUAACACCAAUGAGCAUGCUAAAUCGACCAGACACCAGCAUUCAACCGAAGAUAGCUCUUCCAGUAUGUAUCAAUCAUCAGGAUCCUAUUCUUCAGGAUCUUCACAAACUUUCGACUACACUUCUUCCGGAUCACCUCAGCAAACCGUUACUUAUUCUUCAGAAACACUGCAACCAUCCGCCAGCUUUUCUCGGGGACCAUUAUUAACCAGCAGCGACAGUCACCCCUCAAUCUAUGAACCGUCCGCUUCGGCACCUGGUACAGUGACUUCAACAAGAUAUCAAGUUGCGACGAAUACACCAACAACGGGUGAUAACGAGUCCCCAGUUGGUAGUACAGCAAGUCGCAAAACAAUCGUAACCCCCUUUGUGCUCGCGGUUAUUUUAUUUGCAAUGAUGAUUCUUGCUUAA